CUCCUUACUCCUCAUUCUGGUUCCAGAGCUCCCGCGCCUGCUUGAUGGCUCCAGUACGGGAGGAUAGACUUUCUCUCUCACAACGUCAUUUUAUUUUCCCACCUUCCCAAAUGAUAUAUUUUUUGUGCAGCUAGUACAGUUAAAGUGCAGGACAGACGGCAAUGAAAGAGGCAUUUGUUUUAAAGGACAACAACAACAAAAAAGAGGAGUAACUUGAUUUAAACAUCAGCUUUUGAAGGUUUGUUUUUAUUAACUACACAAGCAUAUCACAGACUUGAUGGCAAUUUCAGAAUAGUGCACCAAUGACGUUUGCAGAAUUAGUGUGUUAUUUCUACUAAAAGUUGAGCAUAAAAAUGCAUCCAGGAGUCUGUGUCUAACUGAAUAUUUGGAGAUGUUUUUUGUUCGUUUCUCAAUCAGGAUCCACUGGAAUUGUUAAUUAUAAAGUAAUAAGAUAACGAAGAACGUGAAUCAAUGUUGUAUUAGCUGUACGCUUUGCUAAUUUAAUCAUAAAGAAGACAGACAUUCAGCUGGGUUAAGUGAUUCGGAUUUCAAAAUCAUACCAUCAGAAGGAAGGGGAAGAGGACGAUUCUCAGUUUAGCUACGAAAGUGACCGGACUCCCUGACUUCCCUAUUAAGUGCUGAGUCUUAAAGUAUAAAAUCUCAGAUGGGCGUCUGGAGAGGAAACGACAAAAACACUUCCUUUUGUUGUCUGCGUUUUUAAUCAUAUGUGCGGGGGACUUUUCCGUUCACUGAGUUGGAUUUAAAACAGCACAAAGGACCUAUACCAUAUCGUUGGAAAGUGGCUUAUUCUAUACCUUAAUGAAAUAUAUUUUUCGGAUAAAUCAGUACUGUACGAGUAUAGUCUACUAGGAAUAUAUAGUUAAAUCUGUAUUUUAUAUUUUACUUUAACUUGACAUACGAUACCCUAUAUCGCUCGGAUUGUUUUUCCCUAUUGUUUAUUUUUAAAUUAACUGUUUCCUGCGUUUGCCGUUAAGCAGGCUUUCUGAAAAACACAUUUCUGAGUGCAUGCAAUCUUGCUUUCCCAAGUGUUCUUGAGCAGAGACUUUAUUAUUAUUAUUAUUAUUAUUUUACUGCCUGCAUUUCACAAUUUUUCUGGAGCUGUUCUUGGCUGUUACAUUUAACUAACACCAUCGCAGACGCCUUCUUCAUUCACCCCUUACAUGUACGGACAGUAGGGCGGUGAUCGCAGUAUUCCUUCUGGUUUUGUCCCGGGAUCAAUACGAUGACCUCUUUGGGAGCCCAGAAGGUGCCCAAAAGUGAGAAGUUGGACGAGGCACAGGCGCUCGCGAGGAGCUGCGCGGGGAGACCCGACUUUCUGCCUUGUGAUGGGCUCUCGAUGUGUGCCACACAUAGCCAUGGGAAGUGUUUUAAACUGCACUGGUGCUGUCACCUCGGCUGGUGUCACUGCAAAUACGUGUAUCAACCCAUGACACCAGUGGGGCAGCUGCCCAGCACCUCAGUCCCGGCUACACCUACUGAUCUCACAGACACCAUGGAUAUCGCUGUCUCGCUGACUGAACGCUUUCUAAAGACUGCCUCCUUCUUCCAGCCACCGCCCUGCCCAGAGUCACCCAAGUACUGCCUGAUCUCCGACCUCUUCAUUGAUGACUACCAGGUCAAGCGCAUCAAUGGCAAGAUGUGUUACGUGCAGAGACCUCCCCCGCCACCGCCACCCCUCACACCGCAGCCCCAAAACCAAGCCGUCAGACACGCCGCAAACUGCAAACAGGCAGUCCCAGGUUCAGCGUCUGGAUAUGGGGCCAAUGAAAAGGUCACGGUGCCCAAAAUGGACCACUGUUCCUCUCCGUCAAGCUCGGAGGAUUCUGGGAUUAAUGCGCUGGGGCUUCACUACAUGGAGUCUUGUGAUGAUGACUCGGAGGAUGAAGACGAUCUGAGUUCAGAUGAGGACUCCAGCCCUGGGAGUCUGUGGGACCAGGACGAGUGUUCCCUGCUCUCUCCCUCUAAAUCGACUGUAGAAAUCAUUGAAAAUAUAGAAACCACUGUUUAACUGACCCACAUCUCAUGGAAUGGGUGGGGAAACAGUUUCUAGUUUUGCUACAGGGAGUUUUGCAAGCAAGAAAGGAGUCCCUUGUAAGCCUCAAGGAUUUACAGAAACUUCAGGUCCAACCAUAUUACUCACCUUAACACAAUUGUUUCUGAUGCGCUCACAUUGCUGCUUUGUUUAAACUCUUUUCAGUUGCUUAAACUCUCUGUUGGAGAGGAUAACCAUUAGCCUCUUUGCUACUUCCUGUUUCUUGUGGACACAAUUCCAAGCAUGGUUUCUUGUACACAGAUUCUAGCAUGGUCUUGUAUUUCCUACCAGUGUUGACAUAUUAUAUAAAAAAAAUAAAUAAAAAUACAAACAGUUUUAA